CUAAUCAAACCAAUCUGCAGAUCGCAAGUGCAUUCCUCAAUGCCUUUCAGCUUUCAGGAUUUUCAAGCGUCUGCACGGAUAAUGAUGGAUGUGCAAUGGAAAAUGUACUAGUUACGUGUGAACCCAUCGAUGGAGCAAACGAACGACGGAAGCGGGGUCUUGUACAGAGGAAGUAUGGACAUAAGGAAGGCCCUGUGAGGAAAAUAGAGAAGAGAGACAUUUCUGAAUAUAGGUUUACUGUCAGAUUUUGGUUUGGACGUAAUCUGACGGUUGCUGAAGACCAAGACCCCUAUGAUGCAGUUUUGGACUCAGAGGGUGAAAUGAUCAAGCUUGUGGAAACUCUUGUCGAAAAUGGCGAUCUGGACCUGAACUCCACUGUUUCUGAUGUUUCUUUAGAUCUAGACAAAUCUUCUAUCUCAUUUGAUUAUGCAGAACUGGUGUGCGAUCCUCCAUACACAGUGGACAAUGAUGAAUAUCUUUGUGUACCAUGUGGAAGGGGUUUUUAUUACGGCAAUGAAACCCAGGAGUGUCUACAGUGUGAAGUGGGAACCUUCCAAGACGCACAUGCCCAGUUCACAUGUCAACAGUGCCCUGAAGGACAGUCUACACUUGAUAUUGGAUCUGUGAACAUGACCCAAUGCAGAGAUAUUUGCCAGCCCGGCCAAAGCUCAGACUCUGGACUAGCACCAUGCUAUCCUUGCCAGAUAGGUAGCUACCAAGAUGAAUUCUAUUCUACUGAAUGUGUCUCCUGCCCCAAUGGAACGUCAACUGAAAGCAAAGGUUCCACUUCGUAUCUUGAUUGUAUCGAGAUUUGUGAAGCAGGAGAGUACUCCCCAUCAGGAUUUGUUCCUUGCAUGCUGUGUCCUAUUGGUACUUACCAGAGUGGAACUCGACGAAGUCAAUGCCACGAGUGUCCAGGCGAGACUACAACACUGCAGACGGGUUCAACUGAUGCAUCUAUGUGUGUUGAUAUCGAUGAAUGUGCAAGCCUCCCAUGUCAACAGGGUGCAUCCUGUGUUGAUGGAAUCAACUCAUAUACAUGCUUAUGUAGGGAAGGUUAUAGAGGGCGUUUGUGUGCCGAUCCCAUUCUGUGGUGCGACUCUGGUCCUUGCGUCAACGGAGGAUCUUGUGUGGAGGAAGGUUACGGGUUCUCAUGCAUUUGUGCUCCUGGAUAUACAGGCAACGUAUGCGAGACAGAAAUAGACUACUGCAAUCCACUACCAUGCAUGAAUGAUGGAACCUGUAUGAACAACGAAGGUGAUUUUGAGUGUUCUUGCCCAUUUGGAUUUGGUGGUAAGACCUGCUCAGACGAAAUAGACUACUGUCAAGAAAAUCAGUGCGAAAAUGGAAGAUGCAUAGUCUCUGAACUUGCAUUAGGUGGGUACUUCUGUGAAUGUAAUGCAGGAUUUACAGGAUUGACCUGUUCUAUCAACAUUGACGAAUGUAAGAGUAGCCCUUGCUUACAUGGCGGCGACUGCAUCGACGGUAUCAACAGUUUUACCUGUUCAUGUACAACUGGAUUUAACGGCCUGGAAUGUGAAGGAGACGUUGAUCUGUGUGCUGAUUGGAACUGCCAGAAUGGUGGUACAUGCAAGGAUCUAGGCGACAGCGUAAUCUGUGCAUGUGAUGAAGCCUAUGCCGGGCAGCACUGUGAAGAAGUUAGAACAGCUUGCAGUGACUCCCCCUGCAGAAAUGGAGGAACAUGCUCAGCUGUUGAAAACACAACAUUGGCAUACGAAUGCUUCUGUACAGAGGGAUUCAUAGGACAAAUGUGUGAAACCAAAGUGAACUUCUGUCUGUCCGAUCCUUGUAGAAAUGGAGCCACCUGUGAGGAUGACGUCUUUAGCUACAUCUGCCAUUGUCCUGCUGGAUAUGAAGGGGAAACCUGUUCUGAAAUAAUACGAUGGUGCGAUGACACCCCAUGUGGAUUGAAUGCAACCUGCAUUGAAGAGACUGAUUCCUUCACCUGCCUAUGCAAUGUGGGUUACACUGGACCGGGAUGUGAGGACGUACUAACAUUCUGCAAUGCCCCAAACCCCUGCCGCAAUGGAGCUAUUUGCAGUGGGGACUCGGAUACAUUUCAGUGCCAUUGCCCACCUGCAUACAAUGGUAUAUUAUGUGAGCAUUUGAUCGACCCUUGUGCUGUUUCGCCCUGCUUGAGCGGUGGUACAUGUGUUCAGGAUCAGCUUUCGUAUCAGUGUGAUUGUAUGCUAGGAUUUGAAGGAAUGCACUGUGAAGUUGAUCAAAAUGAAUGUAACAGCAAUCCAUGUGAGCAUGGAACCUGCACCAAUACCCCAGGCUCUUUUGAAUGCGAAUGUGAAGCAGGGUACACUGGGGUUACCUGUUCAGAAGAUGUCCUAUGCAGCCCAAAUCCUUGUGAAAAUGGAGGAAUCUGUGAGAACCUGAACACAAGAUAUCGUUGCGAAUGUGCCUUAGGAUUCAGGGGACGAACUUGCGGUACCCAAAUAGACUACUGUCGACAAAACCCUUGCAUUGGUCAAAAUACUGACCACUGCGAGAAUCUAGUUGGUAGUUACAUGUGUACCUGUAAGACUGGAUUCUCAGGAUCACGAUGUGAGACAGAGAUUGACGAGUGUGCAGAGUCACCGUCCCCGUGUCUGAAUGGUGGAAGCUGCAUCAACCAAUGGGGGAGUUUCACAUGCCAAUGUCAACCGGGCUUCACAGGUGACCGUUGCGAUGAAAACAUUGAUGAUUGUGUCAAUCACAACUGUGAAAAUGAUGGGACCUGUGUCGAUGAGAUCAAUAGAUACAGCUGCCAGUGUACCCAAGGAUCGUAUGGAUCACAUUGUCAGCUGAGGUCAACUCUCUGUGAUAACAACCCUUGCCGCAAUGGAGGUUUGUGCAUUCUCAAUGAAGAUGGCUUCCACUGCGAAUGUCUGUCUGGUUUCAAAGGUGAAACCUGCGAAUACGACAUUGAUGACUGCAAAAAUCAUCUCUGCGCUCAUGGCUCCACGUGCCAAGACCAGUGGAAUAGCUACCGCUGUAUAUGUCCACUAGGUGUCACCGGAAGGCUUUGCGAUGAAGAGAUCGACAACUGUCUUUUGAAUCCUUGCCAGCAUGGAUCGACAUGCAUAGACGAAAGAUCAAGAUUUACGUGUGCUUGUGCAAAUGGAUUCUUUGGAAGGCUGUGUGAAGUUGACAUCUUGGAAUGUUCUUCCUCACCGUGUCACAACUUUGGUACAUGUAUAGAAGGAACAAACAGGUUUGAUUGCCAGUGCCCUGAAGGUUAUCGUGGUACAACUUGUGAAGAGCUUGUUAGUUCAUGUGUGUCGAGCCCAUGCAAGAACAAUGGAACCUGUGUAGACGUCCUCAGAAAUUUCAUCUGCACCUGUCCUCCGGGGUAUACAGGAGACACAUGUGGAACAGUUAUUCCUGACAACUAUGAUCUUAAAUUGGAUCAUCAAACUUCAUCCACUGUGUUUUAUGCUGAUGUCAGCACCGACUUAGAAAAUGUAACUGUAUCACUCUGGUUGAUGGCAGAGAUGACAUCACCCAACAGGCAAUUCAUCAACCUUCAAAUGGGCAAUCUUCACUUUGGCAUUUACAACCCCUGCAGUCUUAUUUUCAUGGAGUCAGUUCGGAAUUAUUCAUCUGAUGGGCUUUCCGUUUGUGAUGGUCGUUGGCAUCAUCUGUUGCUUGUAUUUAUCCGCACUGGGGGAUGGUCUGUUCUUUUUGAUGGUUCUGAGGCCGCAAGUGAUGUUGGUGAUGGAUCUGAUUAUCGUCUCUCAGGAAAACUGCAGCUUGAAGUUGGAGUAAUUGAGCUGGACAGAAAUAGUACAAACACUCACAUAAACAAAGAUUCCUUUACAAUGACUGGUAUCAAUGUUUGGACUGGGGAUAUCCCAGAGGAUGUGAUGUCAAGAGUCAAAUCAGAGUGUUUGCCACAGCUGUAUGGGAACAUCAUUUCAUGGACAGACUUUGACUCGCACCAGGAUUUUCCGACAUCUUCAGCGACUCCUUCAGUGUGUGAUGAUACGGAUGAAUGCAAAGUGCUGGAUCCUUGUCUGAAUGGAGCAACAUGUUUGGACGAACUCCGUUCCUAUACCUGUGUAUGUCUUAAGGAUUAUACCGGGAUUCACUGUGAAAGGUUCAUAGACCUGUGCAACAAUGAUAGCUGUGAACACGGAGGAACAUGUACAACCAUGAAUGGGACUAUUCAUUGUUCAUGUCCAGAUAGAUUCUUCGGGGAGUUUUGUGAGCAUGAAAUAAUUGAUGGUGGUUGGAGUGACUGGUUACCAUGGAGUCCAUGUAGCGCAUCUUGUGAAGGUGGAACUCGAAAUACUUCAAGGGAAUGUACUAACCCACCACCAAAUGAAUAUGGACAACCUUGUACAGGAGAAAGUGCGAAAGAAGAACCCUGUAACCCUCAGGAUUGCCCUGGUUGCCUUCAUUUGCAGAAUCCUGAGAAUGGCACAGUGAGCUGUUGGAGUGAAGAUGAAACCAAGAGAUGUACUGUUAAGUGCAAUUCAACUGACCUUGGCUUUGUUCAGCCCACAUUGGCCUUGUAUUCCUGUGGUCCAGAGACAGACUAUAAAUGGGACCAUCAAAAUGAUUACAACCGUAGAGCCAUCCUUCCUCCAUGCAAGGAAACAAUACCCCCAAAUUCGCUGGAUGCACAAGUCAGCUUGCCUUAUCCUGCUGCAACCUGUGUUUCAUCUGUUCAAGAAGAGAAUCUUCUAGAAAUAGCCACCUCUAAUAUUUUGGAUAAUGUUUAUGCGAGUGGCUGUGAAAAUUGUGCUGUUUACAAUGUACAGGUCAACAAUUGUGGGCUAUCAAGAAAGCGAUCACUUAAAGAAUCUCCGAUCACUAUUUCCUUUGACAUAGAUCUUAGCAACACUACCGAAACUAUCUCCGACUUUGGCAACAGUUUUCAGCAACGUUUGGAAAAUGGAUCAUUUUCUAUUGAACUGGAUGGUGAAGUCAUCGCAGUUGACGUUAAUGGAACCAGUGGUGAGGUCAAGAUAGCUUGUCCAAUGGGAACUGGCCUGACGUUGGAGGGUAGAUGCGUUGUAUGCCCGGCCGGUAAUUAUCAUUACGUGCUGCCAAAUACAACUGAAGCUGUAUGUGCACCGUGUGCUUUACAUACCUACCAGGAUCAAGACGGCCAAGAUAAUUGUCUUCCAUGCCCUUCAGGUUUGAUAACAAAUGAUCCAGGAGCUGAUGGCAUCCACUUCUGUAUAGAACCAUGUCCAGUUGGCCAUUACCAAGAUGUUUGGGCUGAUUCUAAUGAGACGGUGUGUAUCCAGUGUCCUUAUGAUUCCUUCCAAAACGAAACUGGAAAGGAGAGCUGUAUACCAUGCCCUGAUAAGUAUGUUACUCUGGGACAAGGAUCAACAGACUUGUCUGAUUGUGUUGCUCUGUGUAAUGCUGGGCAUUAUGUUGAUCUUUCAAACGAGACCAAUCCACAGUGUCCUCCGUGUCCACCCAACACAUUCAUAGAUCUUGAUUUGCAUCAAGAACAAGAAUGCUUGCCAUGUCCAAGAGGCAUGAUUACUGUUCGGAAUGGAAGUUCUCGAAGUGCUGAUUGCCUUGUUGUUUGUGAGCCAGGGACCUAUCUAGAAAGUUCAUCUUGCAAACCAUGCCCUUUAAACACCUACCAGGACCAGACUGGUCAUCGUGAAGGUUCAUGCAUCAAUUGUACUCAGAACCUUGUUACUUUUCACGAGGGUUCAGAAAACCAAGAAGACUGUGAAGAAGAGCCUGAUACUUCCCAAUCAGGCAUGAGCCAGGGUCUACUUAUCGGCAUCAUCGUAGGUGCUGUCAUUGGCCUUCUUCUAGUUAUCACUGUUGUGGCUGUCCUGUUUAGAUUGAAAAGGGGAGUGCAUCGAGUGAAGUUCGACGAGGCAACCAUUCAGAUGAAGACAAUUGAAGGCAUAAGUGGGGAAAGUAAUGGUUAAGUGCUAAAUCUUCCUUUGGAAAGAAGUUCAUAUUCCCAAAGGCUAUCAAGAAUGAGGAGAUAAGAUGUCCAGCUCAACCAAAUUCUGAACACUCACACCACCUUCAAUCCAUAUCUGCCACUUGAAUCGUCGCAUAUUCACUUGCAAGACAAGGAGAUAAUAGACAAAGAAGAAAAAGACGAAAUGCAAUAAGUUUCUUAAUUGUUUCAGUACUCACUUUGCGUGUACGCUAUAGGCUCAUGAUCGUGAUUUCUUGUUAUGACUUUGUAAUUUCGGCCACUGACGGAUCAAGACCGGUUUAAUGUAUGCUCAUAUAUAUGGACUUUUAAUGCACCCGAAGGAAUUAUUUUGUCAUAAUAACAUUAGUGCCUACUUACAUAGCGUACAGUACCAAAUCGUUGCGCUUUACCUUUUGGUCCUUUAAGUAAUUUCAUUAAUCAUGACAGGGAUAAGUAUACAUGUACUUUGUUUAUUUUUUUACUGUACAUACGUGCAACACCCGGCCAUGAAAAGCCAUACUGUUGUGUGCAUUUUUAACAAUUAUGGCGUCCAGAGUACUACAAUGGCAGUCGAUCCCCCCCCCCCCCUUCCGAAUUUAUCCUAUAUGAUGUAGCCAUAUCACAUAUAUAAUGUGUUAUUACUUGUGAAUUUUACAAUCAAUGUAUAGUUGCCUGUGUCAAUAUUAACAUGGUAUAGAUCUUCCUUUCUCUAUUUUGUACCCGGAUACAUGCAAUUUACUCAUGCAAAAAUGUUAGACAAUUAUGUGUACAUGUAGGUCUUUCAAGAAAGUCUUUCAGGUAGCAAGGGUUUAGGUUUCAAUUUGAUUGAGGCUUGAUUUAACCCUUAUUAAACUGGGGGGGGGGGGGUCAAUUUUCCCCCUCAAAAAAUUUUGUCACUACGCUGUCGCACAAAUUUUUUUGACUGGGCCGCUCACUGACUUUUUACUUUCAAGUCUUGCGCAUCUUUUGAGACCAAAUUUGCGAAGCCCGAGUACGCGGUUCCAAAAUUACGCAACGUUUUGUAAGUGCAUGUCAGACCAGAAAUUGCUCAAAAACGUGAUUCCGUGAUUCAACCAAAAAUCAUAAAUGUAUGAUUAUUUUUAGUCUUGUUGGUUUAAAUGGAUUUAUUUUAUGCUUUUUAUGAUCGCAAAAGCGUCCUCGACAAAGUUCAUCGGG